GUGUGUACAUCUCGAUGAUAUUUCAAUCAUAAAAAUCUAUGUUUAUCGGUUUUUAUCGACCACUUUAUCGGAAUUUUUACGCUUCACUAUUACAUUCAAGGAAAUUAACAAUCAAAAUGCUCGGAGAAAAACAAGGAAAUUCCGGAAUCCUGUCUCAAAAGCGACCAAAUGCACGAGUUGAUGCAAAGGAAAACCGGCGCGAAGAAGCGGACAUGCUGAAUGCUAGUACAUGUAGUAGUGAUGCUGUCACACCAAAUCGCGCUCCGCUGUCGGACAUCGGCUCAAAGGCUAAUGUCAGUACCACUGCCACAAGCAACAUUAGCAACAGUAAAACAUCCCAUGAGAAGACAAGGACGAUCGUUGUUGAAGGAAACAUUGGAAGCGGGAAAUCAACAUUGCUGAAUUACUUCAGCCAGAAGGAAGGAAUCGAGGUCUUGCCUGAGCCUGUCCACAAGUGGCGGAAUAACAGGGGACAAAAUAUAUUGGAUCUAUUCUAUAAGGAUCCUGCACGAUGGAGUUUUGCCUUUGAGUCUUAUGCCCAGUUCACAAGACUUGAGGUCCACGAAGCUAAGACAAACUGCAGGGUCAAACUGAUGGAACGCUCCAUAUACAGUGGCAAAUACUGCUUCACAGAAAACCUCUUUAAAAGCAAGUUUUUGCAGAGACCAGAAUACAAUGUACUGUGUGAAUGGUUUGACUGGCUGAAAACGACCAAAGAUCUUCACAUUGAUCACAUAGUGUAUCUUCGUAGCACCCCUGAGCUGUGUGAUAGACGGAUUCGAGAACGUAGCCGUAAGGAGGAGUCAGAAAUACCUAUGGACUAUCUGCGAGACCUUCACGAGACCCAUGAAGACUGGCUCAUCAGGAAAACAAAAUUUGAACUCCCAGCACCAGUAAUAGUUCUUGAUGCCACAAAGCCUCUGGAGGAAAUGGUGAACCAAUUCAAAUACCUUGAGGAUAAGUUGAACCUGAAAUCCAUUUGAUAGACACUUUUUUUUACUUACAUGUACGUCAGUGACAUUUCUGUUUGUGUUAACUAUUCAUUUGAACGAUUCAAAUGUUCUUUCGUGUGUAUUUUAAUUUUAAUAAACUUGUACUCUAGGUGGGUACUUUUGCACAAUUCAUUGCAAAGUAUUUUUUUUAAUAAUGUUAUUUUUUAAUCUUUCACAAAAUAAUAAACAAAAAGUGUGUUACAUGAUGCUCAGGAAAUUUUUGUCUAAUUUGAAUCUGAUAAAGUUUCACUAUUCUGGUAGAAAUUUAUCUGCACAAGUCAUGUUGACUUUAAGGCCACAAUGAGUGUGGUUAUUUUUUAUGGAGUGACAAUACCUCAAUGUAUUCUAUUCUAUUUUUAAAUUCACCGGUUUUGAAAGUUUGUAAAAUACUUAGGUCUUAGGUUUGGAAGCAGGGUCAAAUUAUUGUACAUACAUGUUGUUCUGUUAUUGCCCAAGUUACUGAAAUUGAAGGCUGUAGAGUUGGGAUCAAGCCCGGGAUGGAAUAGGUAGGGUUGUGGAUCUAUGAACAAUACUGGGCAAGAAAUGUUCAGUAACUUUGCAAAAGGACUCAGGUGCAAACUGCAGUUGAACUCCUUUGCAAAUACUUGGAUAUUCUAAGUCACCUGUAUUGUUCAUACACUCAGCUUCCUACCAAUUUCAAAUUACCGAUGACUGGGCAUGUCACCUUUUUUGCCCAAAUGAAAAAACAUGUACUUUUCAAAGUGAGGUGAAAUCUGUCAUCAAGGCACAAGAAGUCUUCCAGUUCCAAAGUAAUCCAGCAAAUACAUGUACAUUGGUUUCAGAGAGCACAAUCUAAAAUGACUACCUUGUAAAGAAAGCCCAAAAUUGUGCAUAAUGAUUACGCAUAAUCAACAGGCCAAAUACUUGAACCACACUGUCUGGUUUCUCAAGAUUAUGUGUACUUGUACUUCCCACUAUCCAUGUACAACUUAAAAAUUCUAUGCACUUUUUCAGACUGAGGGAAAGCAUUCAAUAUCUUGACCAGGGCAAACCUAUUUGUAGUCUCACAGAUUGUCGACACAAAAUGGCAGAUUUUAGACCCUGCCCUUCCUGGCAUCCUGCACAAAUGAAUGGGACUUUUGCAUUGAUCUUUUUAUGUUGAAAUGGGGGGUUUAAACGUUCACUUUUUAGUGUACCUGUCCCACUUUUCUUGGCAUUUGUUUCCGAGUCUUUGAUAUUGCUGUGUCUUGGUUGAGAUGAGGCUUUUUUCACUUCAAAAGUCUAGUUGAGAUGUACUUUUUCAAUGUGAUAACAUUCCAGUAACGUCCUUAAUUUUGAAAAACAUUUCAUUGUCAAACAGCAAACUGACCUUGACAAUAAAAUGUUUUUCAAAAUUAUGCAUCAAUCUUAUCACAUAAUGUGGAUAGUUUUUACUUUAAAUGUGUUAAUAUUCAGUUCAGUUAUGUUCAAAGAAAGUAAAUUCAAAUAUUUGUACAUGAUUUUGCAUUGUAUUAACAAUUUUUUAGGUCUUCAGUGUAAAAUACUUGUUAAAUUUCUCAUGUACUUUUAAGUGUGUAUUUUUAAAAAAAGUUAGAUUUGUAAUUAGAAGUCGUUACUUUCUGCAGAACACUCAGGUUUAAAUUAUCAGGAUGUUUUCAGUCAAAAUUAUGGACUUUGAGAGGUGUAAAUUAUUCUGGCUUUGCCAUCUCCUCACACUUAAAACUACUAAAAACAAGAUUUACAGAACCAUAGCCGUGUGUCAGAGAGCGCAUUCCUUGGCAGCUAGUUAAAGCCUAGAGAAGUCAUAUUACUUUAUUAUUGUUGCAUUCCCUCUGCUAGAUGUAUCAUUGAUUUCUUGUCUUCCCCUAAUUUCACCCUAAACACUACAAAAGUUGUUUGAUAGGACUUCUUUUCUUUUGUUGUUUUAUGCAUUGCCGUUUUUCAAAUUUGAAUUUUACAGAACUCUUGUACUUUUAGUAUACUUGUCCAUUUAUUUUUAAGUUGGGAGCGUUAGUGUUCCACCAAUGCGGCAUAAAAGGGGAGGGAAGUACAACUUAUUUUGGCCAGUUUUUAUCUGCCAAACUUGUGAUUUGACCGAGGUUCACGAGUGAGUUUUACUCAUUCCAUCCUCUGACAUUACCUCCUUUGGAAUUAAA